CCCCACUUAUCGCACCAACACGUGACCAAAUCAGCAAUGGCACCCAACCUGGACAUUGGAAUCUUCAUCCCCAUCGGCAACGAUGGAUGGCUGAUCUCCACCACCGCGCCGCGCUACAUGCCCUCUUUCGAGCUAAAUAAGCAAGUUGUGCAGAAGGCGGAGAGCUACGGCUUCGAUUUCGCUCUAUCUAUGAUCAAGCUUCGGGGCUUCGGUGGCGUUACCGAACACUGGGAUCACAACCUUGAGAGCUUUACACUAAUGGCUGGCAUUGCGGCGGUGACGAAGAAGAUCAAGCUGUUUGCGAGUACAGCGAUCCUAACACUACCACCGGCGAUUUGCGCAAGGAUGGCGGUGACCAUUGAUAGCAUUGCGCCGGAGCGGUUCGGUGUCAACAUCGUGACCGGGUGGCAAGCAGCUGAGUAUGAACAAAUGGGCGUCUGGCCGGGCAACAAGUACUUCGGCUACCGCUACGACUACGCUCAGGAGUACGUGCAGGUCAUGAAAGACCUCUGGGGAAAUGGCGUCAGCAACUUCAAGGGCACCCACUUCCAGAUGGAAGACUGCAAGCUUAGCCCGAAGCCAACGGGCAAGAUUCCAAUUAUCGCUGCUGGCCAGAGCGAUCGAGGAACCAAAUUCGCGAGCGAGUUCGCCGAUUAUAACUUCACGAGCGGAAAAGGAAUCAAUACGCCCACUGCUUUCAAAGAAACGCACCUGAGGUUGAUUGAGGCGGCGAAGAGCACGGGGAGGGAUGUGGGCGGUUUGGUAUUAAUGAUGUGCAUUCCUGAUGAGACGGACGAGAAGGCAUGGGCGAAGUGGAACCUGUAUCGCGAAGGAACUGACUACGAUGCUCUAGCUUGGGUUAAGGGCCAGACGAGCCAAGACAAGCAAAAAGACGCCCGCGCCACUGCGUCUCGCCUGACCGCAUCCGACCCCAACGGCGAUCUCGUCAACAUGAAUGGUGGCACCCUUGUCGGCAGCUACGAAAGCAUCGCCAGGAUGCUCGACGAGAUUGCAGAAGUUGAAUACGUCAAAGGGGUCAUGUUGACUUUCGACGACUUCUUGGUGGGGCUAGAUCAGUUCGGCAAGUAUAUCCAGCCUCUAAUGAAGUCGAGAUCAAAGGUAAAUGGUGUCAACGGUGCGUAAUUGGGUAGUCCACAUCCAAUACAACGGCAAUUUUCGAGAUCAUCUGCUUUAUACUGCUAGUCUUCGGCUUUCAAAAAUCAAAUUCGCUUUUAAAGCUCUCCG